AUGGCAAGGGAGCUCAGGGUUCCGUCGGUGGCAGUUAUGGAAGCUCUGGACAGGGCUCGUCCAGCGGCAGCUGGGGAGACAGCGGCAACAAGGGCGGCGACAACAAGGGCUCUGGCAGCAACACAGGAUCGUCCAACAGUGGCUGGGGGAGACAGCCAGGGCUCUUCUGGCAGUAGCUGGGGCAGCAGCGGCAACAAGGGAUCUGGCAGUGGCCAAGGUUCCUAUGGCAAUGGCUGGUCAGACAACAAGGGCAAGGACAACGGCAAUGGAAACAAGGGCUCCUCGGGAGGCAACAAAGGUUCUGGUCAUGAGGGUUCUGGCAGCUGGGGAAGCGGCAGCAAGGGAUCCAGCGACAACAAGGGCAACAGCGGAGAUCACAAGGGUUCGUUCGGAGAGAGCGGUAGCUGGGGAAGCGGCAACAAGGGCUCUGGUGGCGAGAAGGGCUCUGGUGGUAAGGGAUCUUCUGGUGGCGAGAAGGGCUCUGGCGGUAGCUGGGGAGGUGACAACAAGGGCUCCGGCAGCAAGGGUGGUGACAACAAGAGCAGCGGAUGGUAA